GGGCAGCUGCUCUCGGCGUGGCGUGGAGAGGGUUCGUGCAGACAUUUCCUUGCCGUGCGAAGAGGAUCGCAGGAGGAGGCCGCCUGCGGCACAUCUCGGACGGUCAGAGCCAUGUGUCGGCACUGGUGACCACACAGCGAGGACGAUGAGGCCGCCACCGAGCAGGGCAGGGCCCGGGAGGAGGAGACAGGGGCCCCUGCCCAGAGCCCACACGCUGCCCAGCGGCAUCCCUGCCGCCCGGGCGCUGCCCUCCCCCGGGAGACGCGCUCUCUGGACCCCUGCGAGGCCCCUCAUGGCCCUGCUGCUCCUGGUCUCCAUCAAGCAAGUUACAGGAUCUCUCCUUGAGGAGACAACUCGGAAGUGGGCUCAGUACAAAGAGAAGUGUCUGAGAGACUUGCUCAAGGAACCUUCUGGCACAGUUUGUAACGGGACCUUCGAUCAGUACGUGUGCUGGCCUCAUUCCUCUCCGGGAAAUGUCUCCGUCCCCUGCCCUUCAUACUUACCUUGGUGGCGUGAAGAGAACUCAGGAAGGGCCUACAGAUACUGCCUGUCUCGGGGCACUUGGCAGACGCAGGAGAACUCCACAGAUAUUUGGCAGGACGACUCCGAAUGCUCUGAGAAUCACAGCUUCAAACAAAACGUGGAACAUCACGCCCUGCUGUCGAGCCUGCAGCUGUUGUACACGGUGGGGUACUCCCUCUCCAUUGUCUCCCUCUUCCUGGCUCUCACCCUCCUCUUGUUUCUUCGAAAACUCCACUGCACCCGCAACUACAUCCACAUGAACUUGUUUGCCUCUUUCAUCCUGAGAGCCCUGGCUGUGCUGGUGAAGGAUGUCGUCUUCUACAACUCUUACUCCAAGAGGCCCGACAACGAGCAGGAGUGGAUGUCCUACGUGUCAGAGAUGGCAGCCUCCUGCCGCUCGGCGCAGGUUCUCCUGCACUACUUUGUGGGCGCCAAUUACUCGUGGCUGCUGGUUGAAGGGCUUUACCUCCGCACGCUGCUGGAGCCCACAGUGCUUUCUGAAAGGUGGCUGUGGCCCAGAUACCUGCUGGUGGGCUGGGCCUUCCCGGUGCUGUUUGUUGUUCCUUGGAGCAUCGCCCGUGCACAGCUGGAGAACACAGGGUGCUGGGGAACCAACAGGAAUAAGAGUAUCUGGUGGAUCAUCCGAGGACCCAUGCUGCUGUGUGUGAUGGUCAAUUUCUUCAUCUUCCUGAAAAUUCUCAAGCUUCUCAUUUCUAAGCUCAAAGCUCAUCAAAUGUGCUUCAGGGAUUAUAAAUACAGACUGGCCAAGUCAACGCUGGUCCUCAUUCCCUUACUGGGUGUUCACGAGAUUCUCUUCUCUUUCAUCACUGACGAUCAAGUGGAAGGAUUCUCCAAACUUAUCCGACUCUUCAUUCAGUUGACUCUGAGCUCCUUCCACGGACUACUCGUGGCCUUGCAGUAUUGCUUUGCCAACGGAGAGGUGAAGGCCGAGCUGCGGAAGCAGUGGGCCCGCUUCCUGCUGGCCCACCACUCGGGCUGCAGAGCCUGGGUCCUGGAGAAGAACUUCCGAUUCCUGGGGAAAUGUCCCAAGAAGCUCUCGGAGGGGACCAGCGCCGGAACGCUGGGGAAGGUGCAGCCCUCGUCCGGCAGCAGGCAGCUCCUGCACUUGACUGUGGAGGGCCUGGGGGAGGUGGGCGCCCCGCCCCGCCGCGGCCACGCCGCCUGGCCCCGGGGCAGCAGCCUGUCCGAGAGCAGCGAGGGGGACUUCACCCUGGCCCACACCAUGGAGGAGAUUCUCGAGGAGAGUGAGAUCUAGGCAGGAGUGCCCCGCUCUGGCUCUGCUCUGGCUCCCGGGGGACUCCUGAGACCAGCGGGGAGGAGGCGGCCAAGCCAGAUGAUGCUGCUGUGGAGCAGAGUCCGUGUCCUCCCGCGCAUCCCGCCCACACUGACACAUCCGUCUCCUGGCUCUUCUGCUCUGUGUGGCAGAGGCUGCGCAAACACACUGCUUCUGCCUGCCCUCAUCAUCCUCAUCACCCCGACAGGUGUGCUUUCUAGAAUGAC